CAACCACCUCUGAAGCCAACCCAUAAAAUGAAUUCAGACUCAGAUAGCAGCAGAGCUUCUUCCCCGGACAUGGACGUUAUGUCACUCCGAGAACACCAUCCACACCACCACCACCACCUCCACCACCUCGUCGGAUCCUCUGUGUCCUCCUCCACCCAGAAGCUGAGCGCCAGCGACCUCCUGAGAUCCGAAGACCCGAAGUCAGUGGAGAGCAGCAGCAGCGGCGACAGCAGCAGCGGCGACAGCAACAAGUUCAAGCUAAAGAAGCCAGUCACGGAAGAAGAUAUGUACCACCUGCGACUCAAGAUCAACGGCCGGGAGAGGAAGCGCAUGCACGACCUCAACCUGGCUAUGGACGGCCUGCGCGAGGUGAUGCCGUACGCGCACGGGCCCUCGGUGCGCAAGUUGUCCAAGAUCGCCACGCUGCUCCUCGCCCGGAACUACAUCCUGAUGCUCAACAGCUCCCUGGACGAGAUGAAGCGGCUGGUUGGGGAGAUUUACGGAGGGCACAACUCGGCUUUCCACUGUGGCUCCGUGGGUCACCCCGGGGGCCCGGGUGGGCACGCCGGUGGCCCCUUAGCUGCCGCCCACGCUGCUGCAGCCGCCGCCGCAGCCGCGCACCAGGUGCACCCUCUGCUCGGCGGCGCGCUGUCAACACCCACAUCCUCCUCGCUGUCCAGCGCGCUGCCGGGCCUCACGUCUAUCCGAGCCCCCCACCCCCUGAUGAAGGGCGUCCCGUCUGCUCCCCAGGCCCUGCAGCUGGGCCCCGGCUUCCAGCACUGGGCCGGGCUGCCGUGCCCCUGCACCAUCUGCCAGGUGCCCACUCCUCCACACAUGCCCAUCAGCUCCUCCAGCCUCAGCAGACUCUCAGUGGAGGGCAAGGACCUGAUGAAAUGAUGCGUGCAGACCCGCAGAGACUGAGCCAUGUGAUGGUGUUUGUAAAUACAGGAUUCAGGGCAUAAGGGGGGGUUUGGUCUCACUGGUGCAUGUUGUUGUUUUGUCUGUUUUCUUGUUUGGCGUAUGAGAAAAAAAAAAGUAAUUUUCCUCCUUGUAACAAGGACUUUAAAGACUGCUGAUUUUGCCGAUCUAAGGUGAAAAUAAAAGUUGUGUGUCAUGCAACAAGGUGCCACAUCUCCGUGUGUCUGAGUUUUAUAGUCUCACGCCACAGUGUAAAAGUGGAAGGAGGCUGCAUGAACAUUUUGAUUUGAUUUUCCUUUCUUUUGUAUCAGGCGUCAUUUUGUGAAAACGAAG